AUUGGUAAGGUCCUUUAUACUGCGAACUUCCACAAAACUGUGCAGCCCUGAGAUUCGGACACUGCGUAGCUGAGAAGUACAUCCCACUUCUAUUACACCUUGUCAUAUAAUGGGUAACAAAAGGCGAAAGGUUGAGGAAUCAGAGUCGGAGGAGGAAGAGGAGUUCGAGGAGGAUGUUGAGGUCGACGAGGACAAUGAGGGGAAUGAGCCCGGGACUUCGGGGCGGACGCGUGAGGCUAUCUACAACGUGGACGCUUUGCACGAAAAGCUAGAGGACAUCGGCUGGACAACCGAGGUGGAUUGGGAUGAGACGCUGGCCAUAACAACAGAGCAGCCGACGGUGGUGGAGAACGUGGAGGACGACUUAGCACGCGAGCUUUCCUUCUACAACCAGGCCUUGUCAGCAGCACAGCAAGCAAUACGGCGCUUUGAGGAGGCCGGCGUGCCGUGGCUACGGCCGCUGGACUAUUACGCAGAGAUGGUAAAGAGCGACGAGCACAUGGCUAAGGUCAAGGAGCAGCUCAUGUUUGAGCAGAAGCAGAUCGAGCAGGCGGAGGAGCGGCGCAAGCAGCGCGAGGCGAAGAUGUACGGCAAGCAGGUGCAGCUGGCGAAGCAGAAGGAGCGCAAUGCCGAGAAGAAGCGGCAGAUCACGGAGGUCUCCAAGCUGCGGAAACAACGCGAGAAGUCGGGCUUUGCGGGCGAGCUCAACAUGGAUGAGCAGCUUGCUGAGAUGGACCAGCGCCGGCCGCUCAACCUGAAGCAGCUGGGGCAGCGCGGUCCCAAAGACGCCAAGGCGCCCAACAAGAAGCGCCAAGCACGGGAUUCCAAAUUUGGCUUUGGCGGGCGCAAGGCGCUUAAGAAGCAGAACGACGCUUACUCCGCUGCCAACAUGGACGACUACAAGCCUGGGCGCUUCAAGGAGAACUUUGGGCCGCGCAAGGGCGGCGUCCAGAAGAAGCAGGGCGGCGGCGGAGCCGGAGCCGGAGCGGGAGGCAAGAAGGCCAAGGGCGGCAAGCCGCAGCGGCUCGGCAAGCAGCGGCGGCAGGCAAUGAAGGGAGGCAAGGGUGGCCGGCGAU